AUGGGUGAUCAAAAUGGUCGUCUCGAGUCACCAUUGAGCUGCCAGGAACUUGAAAAGUCAACCCCAUAUAUUUUUAGGUCCAGCACAUCUAGCCCUUUAUUAAACACCGAACCCUUGCCGUUGGACGACCAGUCACAUUGUCCGUAUUGUCAUAAAAACUUUAGAAAGCCACGCGUUUUGGAUUGUCUUCAUUCAAUGUGCGAGGAUUGCAUUAUCGCACAGUUGGAUGGGAGGCGAGAUGCCCAAAUUGCUACAGACUUAGUCAGUCGCAAUCCAACAGAUUGUGAAUUAGAAGUACCAAAAUUGAAGGAGCGCCCGACACCUCCCGGUGUGAUUAGAUGUCCUAUAUGUGCCCAAGAGUCACAUGUUGGUAAUGAUGUGCGAUACGUACACUCGAUGCUUCUCGAUUAUGUCAGACUUGCUGAAAACGAAGAGGCUGUUGGAGAGCGGCGGUGUCGUGCCUGCAAAUCUGAGCAGCCAGCGAUCGCCGUUUGCAAGCAGUGUCAAUCCGAUCUGUGUUCCAAUUGUCUCUCUGCUCAUGGUGUGAUGCGAAUGUUCGAGGGACACGAGGUAAUGACUUACUUGGAAAUGGAGCAGCUCGGACAGCGUGGAGAAGUGCGCCCUGUGCAGUGUCCCACUCAUUCGCUGCCAUAUAAAAUGCUUUGUGCUACCUGCGAAACACUGUGUUGCAAGGUGUGCCUCGAAAUGGAACACCUUAAUCAUAAGUCCGAAAUAGAAAAGCUUGCUGAUAAGGUAGAGAGGAAGUGGCGUGACUCAAUGGCCGAAUGGAGUGCUAUUCCGGAUCGUUCAGCAAGUCUUCACGAGCAAUACGAAUCUGCAAAAGUUCAUAUAGAAAUGCUAGCUCAGCUUGAAGAAACUCGUCAGAAACAAGAAGUCGCCAUUGAAGAUCUGUAUAGAAAGAUGAAUCUGAAUGAAGCGAGAGUAAGCGAUGCGUUACGAUUUUCGCGUAAUUUGCUCUCAAAGUCCAACGGAAUGGAGUUACUGGCCAGUCGACGUAAGGUGGUUCAACAGCUGAAUAACCUAACUCAUACGAUGCCUGCUCUUGGUAUUCAGGUUGAACUGGAAUAUCAACCAUUGUCAAAAAAGCAACUAGACACACACAUGAAUGCCAUUUGUGGAAAUGUAAUAGGUGAUGAACGUUUUUGUAGCACGUCUUCCACAUGGGGUAGUGGAAUAGCACCAUCGCGAAUAUCCGGGCCAGGUGGUGACACAUUUGGAUGGCCUCCGAGCAGUCAUCCACCGGAUCUACCGUCACCUUCACCUCCAAUUCCGUUAAAAGAUAUUGUACCACCUGCCUUUCCUUCUAACGCUACAGGACUAAUUGGUCAACCAUCCAACACAAAUUCAGCGGUGACCACUUCUGGAGGCAACGUAUGUAAUUGCUUGUCUUAUUUGGCACUUUUUGAAAUAUUCUCUCAGUGCGAUGUGUUUGGAACAAGCCAGCAAGGAAGUUCAAUGCGUGAACUUCACUGUCCGUCCGGGUUUUGUUUGUCGGCCAGUGAUGACAUUCUCAUAGCAGACACCAAUAAUCAUCGCAUUGUUGUAUGCGGGCCUCCGCACCCAUGGAAAAUUGGUAGACCUGGGACCGAUGACGGACAGUUGUGCUUUCCGCGAAAAGUGAUUGCAUUGAAAGCCGAUAUUACCAGAUACGCUGUACUUGACAAAGGUGUGGAUGGUAAGACGCGUUGUCAGCUGCUUCAUGCACAUCCACUGGAUACCUUCUACUCGUUGAUACCAAAUUUUUACUAUACGUGUUCAGAUGUGGAUAUACCGCGAGUGGUUUUCUGGUUUGACGCAUCAUCACACCUCGGUGAAGCCAGCGAUGUGGCUAUUUACGAGAAGAACGUUUACAUCACGGACUUUAAACAUCAUUGCGUGCAGGUUUUCAAUACGGAUGGUCAAUUUAUUCGUAAACUGGGUGAACCGUCGCAGACGCCUUAUCCAAUUGGAAUCGAUGUAUCGAAGAAUGGCGAUAUUCUUGUUGCUGAUACACAUGGCAACCAUCUUCACGUAGUGGUGUUCACAGCUGAUGGUACACUGCAGCAAUCGUUUACUCAUAACGAAUUUCGGCUGUCUCGUUGUGUUGGACUACGUGUUGCUGGUAGCGGUCAUGUUGUCACUCUGUGUAAGCACAAUCACACAUUGUUUGUUUUCAAGCCACUCUAUAUUCGUGUUUCUACUCCGUCGAUGCACAAAAUUAGUGUUUUACACCUAUCAGGACUUUAG